CUUUUCUUUUGACAUUUUGAUAGAUCAGCAGAUUCUCACUGCGUGUUUUAUUCCAGACAUGCAGCUGAGAGAUGAUUAAUGUCUGUGAAGGUGAAAACACUGCACCUUUAUUCCUUAUAAAAGUCUUUACUGUGUCACAUCUUGUAGGAUAACACCCAGAACAGGGAAACGGUGGCUCCAUUCAAGUCUAUUGCAAAACUCACGGGGAUAAAAGUGUCUCAUUCAUAAAGCUGUAAGCACACCUUACUAUUUUUUUUAACUUUAAUUAAUUAAACGCUCUCAGGACGAACGAGUGAGAGCAAAAUCUCAACUUCAGCCUUCAUCUGACCAAAAGUCUCUAUUCUGCUGAUACAGGUGUGAAGGUUUUUCUAGGACCAUGUAGCAGAAACAGCCUGUUCCUUUCUCAGUGUAGGCUGCCAUGUCAUUUGUCACCAACUUGAAAACCAUUAUGGAAAUAGAUCUUUAUUUACUUGUGGUUGUUUGGGGUUUUUUCCCCCAUGUGUUAGGUUUUAGAGAUAGUAUUGAUUUCCUUGCUCCCUUUCGUGCAUCCCCCACAGUGGGUUUCACCUUACACAUGUCAUGUUCAGUAAUAACAGACUAAUUUGCUAAAAAACUUGACCUUAAUGUUUUAAAUUUGUUCGUUUCUGCUGCUCUUCAAUGCUUUUGCUAAGUUCAGCGAGAGGCUGGGGUUAGGAGAUGGCAAAUUCCCUCCAGAUGCGAGGGAAUGGCUUCGCGGGCUGUACCCCGCUAGCUGAAGCGACGCUCGGGAACGCGAGUUUUCGAAGGCAGCGCAGCUCUCUCGGGGGCUGUGCAAAUUCGGUUCAGCGCUUUAACUGCAGGCGCAGGAGUUCGUGCCGGCCGGAGCGGCCGCAGGCUGUGCUCGGCAGAGCCGGGGGCACUGCCGGGGCCGAGCGGGAGCAGCGCGGGGACCCCGCGGGCACCUCGGCAGGCGGCCUCGCCUCGCUGCUCUUCCCGUCGCUGCCGUGAUCCCAGCGCCGCGCCGAGACCCGCGGCACCCCCGGCCCCGCCCGGUCCCGUCCCGGGGCGGCUCCCUUGGCCGGGCGCCGCUCGGUCCCGCCCGCCCGGAGCGCCGGGCUUUCCGCGCCGCCCGCCCGCCGCAGCGCAGCCCCAUGUCCGCGCUCCCCGCCGGCGCCGACAUCAAGCGGGCUCUGGAGAGCAGCCCCGAGACCAACAUCGAGGAUGAGCUGCCCGACGGGCCGCCGCAGCCGCGGCCCAAGAACUACCUGCUCCUCAGCAUCCUCGCCUGCUUCUGUCCCGCCUAUCCCGUCAACAUCGUCGCCUUCGUGUUCGCCGUCAUGGCUCUGAACAGUUACAACCAGGGGGACAUAGAAGGCUCCAAGCGGCUGGGUCGCAACGCGCUCUGGGUGGCCGUGGCCUCCAUCAUCAUCGGUCUCGUCAUCAUCGGCAUCUACUGCGUGGUCCACUUCACAACGCAUGCUAUCUGAAGACCAGGACUGCACUUGGAUGAUAUCAACAUGUAAACCUCUGGAGGGGGAAAAAGAAGAGAUGGAAGCCGUUCCAGACUGUUAGCUCUGACCCUACAAGUCUGCAGAGGCAUGUUGCUGGUGAACGAACUAAUAGCCCAGUUAGUUAAUCAGCAUGGCGUGACCAGGUUUUCAAAGUUAUUUAUUUAUAAGACAUCUCAGUAUAAAGCAGCAUUUUGUCUUUUACCCUAAUGUGUAAUGAGACCUUGCCCUAAAAAAAAAUCCAUUUUCUUUCUCUUUUCCAUGGAAUGUAUGCUGGAUCUGUGAUGUUCCUUGGCUGAGCCCAGCCAGACAAAGCCAACAUAUCCAGACUGUUUGUGGUGCACGGUGUAAGAUCUGAUACACAGCCCACUGAAGCUAGUAGGAGAACUCCUGUUACUUCUGGCAGAUUUUGGAUCAGGCCAUUAAGGAUUAUUUCAUUACUUUAAAAUAGUCUCAACAUGACACAACUGUACCUAUGGGUUUGUGAUUUUAUCCUGCUCUGUGAUUUUAUAACGCUGUGGGCACACUCUGACUUAGCAGCUGCUUCCUUUUGUCAUCCUCAGCUUUUAGAACUUUACCUUGGAUUUUUAAACACCAGGGACCGAUUUCAAUCACUUGAUUAUUAAGAGAGACUCUUCUUCCAUAGCAUUCAUGUUUUUAUUAAUUAUUUAUUUUUGUUUUGUUGUCUUUCAUUGUUGCACUCCCUUGACUUAGCUCCUGUCCCGCAUUAAAUUUGCACUGAUCAUAUUUUCCUCUUUAAACCUCCUAUAUGUAAAAAGUUCCUAUUUUUUUAUCUGACAAAAGAUCUUCUUUUUAAACAGAUGUCCUUCAUCCCUUUGUUGCUGUGCUUCUAGCAAGGCACACAGUUUCAUUGUGUUCUGCUUUCUUCAUGUGGGUUUUGUUUAGCUCAUCCUCUCAUCUCUAUGACUGGUCUGUGUAUCACUGCAGUUAGAGAUGGACAGACUUCUGCACCUCUGCCCAGUUACAGACACACUUCCUGAUCCUGAGACACUACUCAGCGAGCAGCCUCAGGUUCCAGAAUUGAUGACCUCUAAAUUACUGCAGUUUCUUGAUACCUUGUGAAAAUCUAGCAUGGGACAGCUGUUUUUAUUAGCUGUUUCACAGAAUACAAUUGUUUUGUCACACAACUAUUCCAUGUUAAAAGGAGUGAGCUCUGGUGAGCAUUAAGAUGUGGCUGCAUCCUCAGCAGUUGCUGCUCUGCUUUAUUACCACAUUUCCAAGCGAGCUGUGCCAACUUCCACUCCCUCUCCCUGCACCAACAUCAACCUGGAGCAACUGCCCAGAAAUCCAGGGAGUUCUGCAGGUGCAGGUGAGAGAAGAAUCAUCUGUCAGGAGUUCAACAGCCUAUUAAAAACAAAAACAAAAACAAAAACAAAAACAAAAUCCUCUCAGAAACCUUUACUUGUUAAAGCAUAUGCCUGGAAGUAGCAUGGUUUUGGGUUUUUUUUGUGCCUUGAUACUAUAUUUUCAGUGUGCUUUUUCGCUUUCCUUCCUGCCAAAUUCUGUUUUUCAUUGAAGUCAGUGAAGCAUUGCCUCUCCUUAAUUACUGCAGUAUUAAACUUCACAAACACUGGUGAAGUCAGCUGAUUUAUUAAGCAUUUACACUGAUCAGAUUUGUCCACAUGGGAAUCUUGCUACUGAUUUUGAUGAUCCCAAGAACUGGCUGUUCUGUGAACUCCUCUUUGGUUUUUGAAUACUAUUUUAAUGGUCUGAUAUGUCUUGUGGGACUUUUAGUAGCUUGCCUUAUUAUCAGAUAUGAUAGAAAUGUCAUUGACAAGUGGAAUAAAAUUACUUUUAAUUCA